AUGACAAAGCGAAAGCGGAUCUCAACCGACGAGGGACCGGAAGGGUUACCGGAUGCCAAUUCUCCCUCGACCGAGCUUCUCAAUUCGAAGGACCCCGAAGUGCUCGAUGUUUUGCCGGGGAUUACCCGCAAAAUCACUGCGUGUGGAGCCUGUAGGAAGCAAAAGAUCAAAUGUGAUAUGACCGAAGGGCCACCGUGUACACGAUGUCGUCGCCGAGGACUAUCAUGUGUGUUGAACAAGAGUCUACAAUCAUUGGUGGAGGAAGUAAAGAACACGGAACAUCUACAAAAUGAUGUCCGCAAUAUCCAUGAACUAUUGACGAAUAUAUGCCAACAUCUUAACUUCUCUCAACCAAAACCUCUCGUUUGCACGGGCGGGGCCUCUGCUAGUGAAAAUAAAGCAUCACAAAACGACUCGGAAGACUUGGAGCGAGAUCCCGAAGAACUUGAUGGCUGUGAGAUAUCUCCACCUGAUACACCAUCUGCGGUCCAAGCACCUAUCGACACCUAUUUAGAUAUCGCCAAGUUUGGAAGUCCAGGAUCAUCUGCCAAUACUCCACCAAGUGUUACCCGUCAGAAGCAGCACUUUCCACAGGAUCUUGUCACCAAAGGUGUCAUAAGUUUGAGCGUGGCAGAAAGUUUGGUUGAACGUUAUUUCACGCAGCUUGAUCCCUAUCUCUAUGGAAUAUGUAGCGGAUAUCGCACAUUCCUCCAGCUGAGGAGUACAUCGCCGCUGCUAUUUGCGGCAGUAUGCACCAUUUCCGCAUUGCAAGACCCCCAGGCCCAAUCCCUCUACGAGACAUGCAAUCGCGAGUUUCGGCGGCUCAUGUCGCGGUCGAUUUUUGAGAAACAUGAUCUGGAAUAUGUGCGUGCUCUAUGCAUAUCUUCUUUUUGGCUUUCAGAUGCAUCGAGGAUUCUUUCAAGUGAUGCCAUUCGUCGUGCAGCAGACAUGCGACUCCAUCGUAGCUUUAAUCAUCUCUGCAGCGCAAGUGAUGGCCGAUUGAUACCCACUCACAGCUCUCCAAAUACUACAUCGAUAGAGACAAUGGCAGUCAAGGAUCGUGUAAGGUUAUGGUAUCUCAUCUUCAUAUCCGAUGAGCACCUUUCGAUCCUUCACAACCGCGAUCCACUUCUUCGCAGUGACAAGGAAAUUGCAUUAGGUUGGGAAACCUUCCUGGCCCGUGAUGAUACUACGGAUUCGGAUAUUCGACUCAUCUCCCAGGUGGCACUUCUUGUCAUCAUGAGUCAAAUUCGAGACUUAUUAGGCUCGGACCAAGAAAUCCGAGUACCACAAUCACUAGCAAAUCAGAUCAUUCAUUAUUCUCGCCAGUUGGACCGCUGGUUUAACAAAUUUUCCACACUUUUCAAACCUGAUCCAUACAUCGGAGACUUCCCCAAACGCGGCCUCCAACUACAUUAUCAUUUUGGAAAGUUGUACCUUGGACACCAGGUAUUCAAAGGUCUGAAUGGGGAGGCUCUUCCUCCUCACUUUAUAACAGCAGCAAGUAUGGCGCACGAAGCAGCUGUAGCAAUUUUCGAGAUGAUCCUUCACGAGGAAAAUAUCCAGCACAGCUUAAUUGGAAUGCCACACUACUUCCACAUCAUGAUUGCGUUUGCGGGACACUUCUUGUUAGAGGUCACCAAGAAUUACCAUACGCAACUGUCAAUUUCUUCAGGUCAAGACUUCGAGUUAAUUCGCAAGGUGCUAGAGUUGUUCCAGGCUACACCAAGCGUUCAACAACAUCCGAUCUGCCGAAUGACUCCUGGUCUAACACGGAAAUUACAUGAGUGUGUUGCGUCUCUUCAAAAGGAGGGUAGUCAAAUGGACUUAUCCCUGCCAGCCUCAAACAAUAUGAUGGGAUACCAGUCCCAGAACUUGGAUGGGCAUAUGGACUCAGUGCCAGGUUCAUUCCCAUUUCCUGGGGAGUCUCUUGUCACGCCUGUAGAUGACUUUUUGCUUGCUGAUUUUGGAGAGUUCACUUUUCCUGGGAUGAUGUCAAAUGGGAUGCCUUAG